AUGGGGCUGAAGGCGCGGCGCGGCGCGGCGGGCGGUAGCGCGGCCGGCGGGGCGGCGGCGGCGGCGGGGCGGCGAGCGGCGGCGGGCGGCCUCGGCGACCCCGAGCAGGGCUCGCUGGCCCUGGGCACCGGCACCGAUCGCGACGGCACGCUGCUGCUGGAGGGCGGCGGGAAGGAGGAGGGAGGCAAGCGGAGCCCGCCGGGGCUGGGGCUGCUGGCGAAGACCCCCCUGAGCCGGCCGGUGAAGCGGAACCACGCCAAGUACCGCCGCAUCCAAACUUUGAUCUACGACGCCCUGGAGCGGCCCCGCGGCUGGGCGCUGCUCUAUCACGCCUUCGUAUUUCUAAUUGUCUUGGGCUGUUUGAUCUUAGCUGUCCUGACGACUUUCAAGGAGUAUGAAACUGUUUCAGGAGACUGGCUUCUGUUGUUGGAAACUUUUGCCAUUUUCAUCUUUGGAGCAGAGUUUGCGUUAAGAAUCUGGGCUGCUGGGUGUUGCUGUCGCUACAAAGGAUGGAGGGGGAGACUCAAAUUUGCCAGGAAGCCUUUGUGCAUGCUGGAUAUCUUUGUGCUGAUCGCCUCGGUGCCCGUGGUCGCUGUUGGGAACCAGGGCAAUGUCCUGGCCACAUCUCUCAGAAGCCUCCGCUUCCUUCAGAUCCUACGGAUGCUCCGAAUGGACAGGAGGGGUGGCACGUGGAAACUUUUGGGAUCAGCCAUUUGUGCACAUAGCAAAGAACUCAUCACUGCUUGGUACAUUGGGUUCUUGACACUCAUCCUAUCCUCGUUUCUUGUUUAUCUGGUUGAAAAAGAUGUUCCUGAAAAGGAUGCUAAUGGGGUGGAGAUGAAGGAAGAGUUUGAAACAUAUGCAGAUGCACUAUGGUGGGGGCUGAUCACCCUCGCUACGAUUGGGUAUGGUGACAAGACCCCCAAAACAUGGGAGGGACGGCUGAUUGCAGCUACAUUCUCUCUCAUUGGAGUGUCUUUCUUUGCUCUUCCUGCAGGCAUUUUGGGCUCAGGGCUGGCACUGAAGGUCCAGGAACAACAUCGUCAAAAACAUUUUGAGAAAAGAAGAAAGCCAGCAGCCGAACUCAUUCAGGCGGCUUGGAGAUACUAUGCUACUAAUCCCAACAGAAUUGAUCUAGUUGCUACCUGGAGGUUUUAUGAAUCAAUUGUAUCAUUUCCAUUUUUCAGGAAAGAGCAAUUGGAUGGUACUGCCAGCCAAAAGCUGGGUCUCUUGGAUCGGGUUCGUGGUACCAAUACUAAAGGAAAGCUAUUUACCCCUCUGAAUGUAGAUGCCAUUGAAGAAAGUCCUUCAAAAGAGCCUAAGAAUGUUGUCUUGAAUAAUAAGGAGCGUUUUCGCACUGCAUUCCGAAUGAAAGCGUACGCUUUUUGGCAAAGCUCAGAAGAUGCAGGAACAGGGGAACCCAUGGCAGAAGAGAGAGGUGAGAGUAGCGACUUCCUUAUGGAAGAUAUGAUCCCCACAUUCAAGACAGCCAUCCGAGCUGUCAGAAUACUCCAGUUCCGUCUCUAUAAAAAAAAAUUCAAGGAAACUUUGAGGCCUUAUGAUGUAAAGGAUGUGAUAGAGCAAUACUCAGCAGGGCAUCUUGAUAUGCUUUCCAGAAUAAAAUAUCUUCAGGCAAGAGUAGAUAUGAUUUUUACACCUGGACCUCCAUCUACUCCCAAGCAUAAGAAAUCCCAAAAGGGAGGAGCUUUUUCUUACCCUUCACAACAGUCUCCCAGAAAUGAUCCAUAUGUAGCCAAAGCAUCUACAGCAGAUACUGAAGACCAAAGUAUGAUGGGCAAAUUUGUUAAAGUUGAACGACAGGUUAAUGACAUGGGGAAGAAACUGGAUUUUCUUGUUGACAUGCAUAUGCAUCACAUGGAACAACUGCAGAUACAAGUUGCUGAGAUAAGUCCAUUGAAAGAAGCUGCUUCUCCCGCAAAGGAGAAGAGAGAAGAAAACAAAUAUUCCGAGUUAAAAACAAUAAUCUAUAAAUACACUGAGCAGCGUGCUCAUGAAACUCCUUACAACUUCCAGCAGGUUCCAGUCAACAAAGUCAGUCCCUAUGGUUUCUCAGCACAUGGUCACAUGACUCAUUCACAACCUUUAUCAAUAGGUGGGCAAAACUCUGGCAAACUGCAAGCCACACCUUCCUCAACUUCAUAUGCAGAAAGGCCAACAGUUUUGCCUAUAUUUACGUUAAUGGACUCCCAGGUUAGCUACCACUCUCAAGGAGACCGACAAAGCCCUUACUCAGAUAAGAUGUCUCCAAGACAGAGAAGGAGCUUAACAAGAGACAGUGAUACUCCAUUAUCCCUUCUCUCUGUCAACCACGAGGAACUGGAGCGGUCCCCAAGUGGCUUCAGCAUCUCCCAAGACAAAGACGACUUCCCGUUUGGCCCCAACGGGGGCUCGGCGUGGAUGAGAGAGAAACGGUACCUUGCGGAGGGGGAAACGGACACAGACACCGACCCUUUUACACCCAGUGGCUCCAUGCCUUUGUCUUCUACAGGAGAUGGGAUUUCAGAUUCAAUAUGGACCCCUUCAAAUAAGCCAGGUUAAAAGUGCGUGUGGGGGCAGUCACUGGUUGGCUUCUCCAUGUAAUGUAAGCAUACUUUGUAUAUCUCCCUUACUCUACACCCAAAGCUUACUAGUUCGAAACACCAAUGGCUGCAUAAGAUGCAUGUGAUAUUAGUGGUAGUCAUUCUGCACCAUUUCAUACAAUUUACUAAUGCAGUUUUUUUCAUGCUACCAAAACUAAGGAGCUUAGUUUUGAGCAUGGUUUGCAUGAAUUUACCCUAUAUAAAUGGUACAGCUGAUUUCUUCUAUGAUACAUAUCUAUCUGGUACUCUUCAAUACAACAAUGGUGAAUUGGUAACAGGCAAGAUAUGGUGGUCCUUGCUACAUUUUGUAAACAGAGCAGCAAAGUAAAAGCAUUUUCAGGAGCAAUAUCCAUUGCUGAAAAUGUAACAUCUGAAUCCAUUUUCCAAUAUAAGUAAAUUAAUCUCUAACCAGCCUGGCUAAGAACAUCUAAUAUUCAAAGCAGGGGAAAAGCUGAGUCUAAGUAAAUGACCUUGCUGAAAUGGCUUUGUGAACUAAAUGUUCCUCAUCUGAUCUCUUAUACAACUACCCAUGAACUAUAGUGCAGAAAUGAAAUUAAGGGAUGUAAUUUAAAGUUAUCAAAGCCACCUCCUGGGAUUGAUCAUUAGUAUUUAUUUAUUUAUUGUAAAAUGUAAACAUAAAUCUCUCAAACUACUUUGGAAAUCUUCCCUAGUGCUUAGAAUAUUGCUCAAAGCAUGACUACAAUGCUGUUUUGUAGAAAAUCAUCUGCUCAGCCCCUUUGCUUCUUAUGAGGCCAAUGUAUUUUUUUUUCCCUGUUCCAAAAGUAAGGUUGUUCAGUGUAGGAAACUCCAGGUUUAUACACUCUACUCUUUUAUUGACUUAUGUGCUGCUAAGUAAGCUGUGUAAUGUAACUGUGCCUCAGCUUCCCAAGCUGUUAUUUGGGAGUUGUACUUCCAUACAUAUACACAAGUUGUAAGCCUCAAUUCACUGAUAUUUGUUGAGCUGUUUGAGCUCCUCAUGUGUGCAGAAUAUCUCUAUUUUGUUCCCUGGGAUGUUCCUCCAUGAUGUGGGAUGCUGCCAUGGCCCAUUUCUCCCAGUUUACUGUUUCUCUUGGAAAUGGACUGCUCCAAAUCCAUGAGUUGUGCCAUAUUUAAGACCAAUGUACAAAAAAAACCAUUUUUAUCACCUUUCCCCAAGUAACACAGGGGAAAAUUACUCUGCCCCAAGUAUACUCUCUAGGCCUCAGCCAAAUACUGCUUCAUGGGUAUCGGAAAUUAUGUUGAGGGAGAGCAGGAAAACAUCCAACCCACUGGAAACAGGGCAGAAAUGAAUCAAAGACCUCACCACCAUAGUCAGAAUGUAGUAUCUAUAUAGUUAGUGAAACGAGUCUGUCCAAAUAUCCUAUGCAGGACUCAUCUGAUGUCAAUCCAAGUAUCCAUCAGAUAGCAUCUGUUUGAUGUCCAGUUCAACAUCUAUGCACUCUUUACAGCUCGUGGAAAACUAAUCAGUACAGUCAGCGAGCAUGGAGUACAAGAACCAAGGCACAUAUCACCUUUAGAAUGAGAUGAAUCUCAUCUUUAACUUCUACCAACUUCAAAUCGCUACCAACUUCUUCUGACUUCAGAGGGAGCAGAGGGAGACUUGCAUAGAUCUCAGAUGGGCAGAAACACCCACAGUCUGUGGAAGGCUCUCAUCCCUAUCCAACUGGUUCAAGGUGCAGCUUCUGUACCAUGGCUCAUGUCCACCUUAUGUUGAGAAUCAUCCCUGUCACUCCACGUAUUGACUUUGCCACCACAGCUAGAGCACUGACCAACAAAGACACAAGGAUUUGGUUUGUGUAAGAUUUCUUGUAUUGACUAUUUGUAUUAGAUUGCAGCUGCACAAGUGAGCAUCCUUGGUACAUCCAAUCAGAGCACAAGAAUGAGAUACACUUUACUGGGCUUCCUAGUGUUCACCAGAUGUUGCACAGCCUGGAUAGAGUAUGCUUCAAUGGAAAAUACCUUGUUGGGUUUUGUCCACUGUAGUAAACUUCCUGGUUGUUUCCUCAGCAUUGUUAACAUCUUGUAACACUCAUUCCAUCCAGGGAGCUUAUGUUCUCUUCCAGAUGUAGACAUUGUCUUCCGCUUUGUUGUUUAUUCUCUAUUUAAAGAGACAUCUAAAGGAUUAGGUUCUUCUUACUUCAAAAAAAACCCAAUAUAAAGUGAUCACUGACCCUUGCAACAUUUAAAAGGUAAGGAUCUGUUUUGGAGAAUAAGCUCACCACAUAUGAGGAAUAAUUAUUCAUAAUUUCAUUUGAGAGAGGUUUCUGGGUCAAUAGUGCUCUUCAUACCAGGAAUUGAUUGAAUUUAUCCCUUUUCCACUUGUGUGUGACAUUUUAGCUUAACAGCUACCAAUUUUGUUUGAGUCUGGUCUUCUUGCCAUCUGGGCUGUCACAGAAUCACAGAAUCUUAAGGGUUGGAAGGGACCUUGAAAGAUCAUCUAGUCCAACCCCCCUGCCAGAGCAGGACCACCUAGAGUAGGUCACACAGGAACUCAUCCAGGUGGGUUUUGAAUGUCUCCAGGGAAGGAGACUCAACAACCCAUCUGGGCAGCCUGUUCCAGUGCUCCCACACUCUCACAGUGAUUAAUUUUUCCCUCAUGCUUCUGACACUUUGUUUACAGAUAGUUAACAAUAGAAAGAAUUAACCAUUGCAAUACACUCUUGUCUGACUCUUAACUCCUACGAAUGACUCCACAUUUUCAUGUCAGGUUUGAGGUACUUUUCAUAAUCAGAAAGUGUGGAGUUUCCUCUGCUUUUCUUGAAUUUGGUAAGAAAUCUUCUCAAACUAGUGCACUGGGAGCAGGACUGGGUCCUAAUCCACCUUUAGUUAUGAAUUUCCUUCUGAAAGACAGCAUUGAUCUGGAGGUAUUUCUCUUAGCUCCAUUUUUAUGCUGAUUUUUCAGCCACUAACAAAUUACACACGUCUGGCAGUUUUUGUAAAGGUGGAUCUGUGUUUACAUUGUGUGCCUCUCUUCACAGCGUUAUUAUCAACCAAGCUUCCCCACUUCAGAUUCAAACUGAGAAUAUCUGAUGAAGGUAGAAGUGAAUGUUUAGCUCAAGUAUGCAGGUAUAGAAAAUGUGGGUUAUACUACAUUUCAGGAGUUAGUCCUUUAAAAGAACAAAUCUAGGCAGGUAAUGGCUAUUGUCCUUGCCUCGGCUUUUCCCUGCACUGAAUUUAUCAGUCUGACUCAUACCAAAAUAAAAGAGAAUUCAGCAGGUGGAGAGAUUGAUUGAAAAUUUCCUAAAAAACUUUUGGAUAUAUUUGCUCUGGUUUUAUCUGUAACUUUGCUGCAUUGUCAAGGUUCAGAGUGGAACUAGUUUUGAAUGUCUUUGGUUUGAAUUGUGGCCCAGCAGCGCCAGAAAGUAAUUCCCACCUGAACCCAUGUAGUGAGGCUGCUGACUCGUGGCCUUCAGGCGAGCACCAUGGUCCAACCAGUUUGCAAGAUCACAGCCUAAAACAACCAGAAAAUGCAGAUGAAGGAGCAAAUGCAGCCCUGCUGUGAGCCUGUUGUUGCAGGGGUGUCACAUCUGCCCAUGAAAGAACUGAAUUUGUGCUGCUUAGUGCAAAGCACGUGAGAAAGAGCUGGAUUUGAUCCCUUGCAUACCCAACCCCCAGAACACUAAGGUUUAGGUGCCUGGGAGUUGCCACCCUAAAUUUUCUACAACACCUCAUGAAUUUGGUGUGAUAGCCUGUCUUCAGGAGCCCAGAUGAAUGGAAGUGUUCACUUUCACAGGUCAUUUUCAGAGGUGCAAAGGAAAAAGGGGCCAUUUUCAAGUGCUUUCACCUGGGCACUGUGGGAAUGAAGAUCCUGGGUAUCACUAUUGCUUCUGAUUAUUUAGGCUGUAAGACUUGAUCCUUUCCAAUUCAGCUUGUAGGAUAAAAUACUGGAAAAUACUGGAAAGUGGGAUCCUAUUUCCAUCCUCAAGAAUACGCUGAGGCUGAAGGUUACAUAGCCAACUGCAUUUUGUUUUCUAGCUAUGGCAUCUUAUUAUUACUAGUAUUUGUGCCUUGCUUACUGAAAUUUUCUCCAUGCUACAAAGAUGCUUUUCAGAUUCUGGCUGACAAGGGAACACAACUUUUAUACAAGUGGCCUUUAGUGCUCUUUAUAAUAUUAUUUAUUGUAAUUUUUAAACUGUAUGUGUAAUUUAUAUUCUG